CGGUCGAGCUCUUUUUCCCGUUCGCCCCGUGUUGAGGUAGCACGCGUUUUCGCACCGUGUCGUGUGGUUGGAGUUUUCUUGAUUGAAUUCUGCGCGAGUGAACAAAAGAAUUUACCAAAAUGGGUCGUAUGCACGCUCCCGGAAAGGGUAUCUCCCAGUCGGCCUUGCCGUAUCGCCGUUCGGUCCCAUCCUGGCUGAAGCUAAACGCCGAUGAUGUUAAGGAGCAGAUCAAGAAGCUGGGCAAGAAGGGCAUGACCCCGUCGCAGAUCGGCAUUAUCCUGCGGGAUUCGCACGGAGUGGCCCAGGUUCGCUUCGUCAAUGGCAAUAAGGUUCUUCGCAUUAUGAAGGCCGUCGGCCUGAAGCCGGACAUCCCGGAGGAUCUGUACUUCCUGAUCAAGAAGGCCGUCUCUAUCCGCAAGCAUCUUGAGCGCAACCGCAAGGACAUCGACAGCAAGUUCCGGCUGAUUCUGAUCGAGAGCCGCAUCCACCGGUUGGCCCGCUACUACAAGAUCAAGGCCGUACUGCCCCCGAACUGGAAGUACGAAUCCAGCACCGCGUCCGCCCUGGUUGCCUAAACGAGGGGACACGGCUGUGUUGGGUAUUACCUUUUCUUUUAUUUUUUGUAACUGAAACGAGCGAAUUCAAUCUUGGCGCUAGGGUCCCGCAUCAGCUAGCUAGAAAGUUAGGUGAUGCGGGACGCGCUUUAUUUUCUAGAGGGAGAGAACGCAGAUAAGAUACCGUCAAUAAAAUGGUAUGAAAAUUUA